AGAGAGAGAGAGAGGGAGAGAGAGGGAGAGAGAGAGAGAGGAAAGACAGUCAGAGCCAUGGAACAGACUCCCAAGGAAUGAUCUCCAUCCCUCCGCCGCCUCUUCGCGUGUCUCUCCCGCCGCUCAUCUCUCUCCCUCCUUCCUCCCUCCCUCUUUCAUUUCCCUCUCUCUUCCUCCCCACUUGAACUUUCUGCUUGUGACACUAGAGAUUUUUCUGCAUGGAUAUUUAAGAGGCACCCCCCCGCCCUCCCUCCGUCCCUCUCUCUCUUCCCCUCUCCUCCUCGCCACCUGUUUGCCGGGGAUUCACCUGUUUAUGAGGGACUUGUGCGCUCAAGCAAUCGCCAAGCUCUAUGACGGUGCGCAAGGGAAAGAAGCUGACCAUCUCCAUCCAGGAACACAUGGCCAUCGACGUGUGCCCCGGCCCCAUCCGUCCCAUCAGACAGAUCUCCGCCUACUUCCCGCGCCUCUCCCCCACCUCCUCCAUCUCCGAACCCCUGUCCCCGAACCCAGCUGGCUUCCCGUCAGUGCUCAGCCCCGGAAGCGGAGCCUCCGGGGCUGGAACCGGCGGUCUGCUGUCUCCUGUGCUUCCCGGGGCAGCAGGAGGCAGCAGCGGAGGAGGAGGGUCCCUGUCCGCAAUGAGUAGCAUGGACACGUCCAUUGAGAUUGACAGCUGUGACAGCGAUGACAGCACAUCGCUGGGCACCCUGGAGUUCGACCUGCUGUACGAAAGAGCCACCAGCUCAUUGCGCUGCACUGUGCUCAGAGCCAAGGGUCUGAAGCCAAUGGAUUUCAACGGACUAGCAGAUCCGUACGUGAAGCUGCACCUGCUUCCUGGAGCCUGCAAGGCGAACAAGCUGAAAACCAGAACCGUGCGCAACACGCUGAACCCCGUGUGGAACGAGACCCUCACCUAUUGCGGCAUCACCGAGGAGGACAUGUACAGGAAGACUCUGAGGGUGUCAGUGUGUGACGAGGACAAGCUGAGCCACAACGAGUUCAUAGGGGAGUCGCGGGUGGCGCUCCGGCGCCUCAAGCCGGACCAGCCGAAACACUACAACAUCUGCCUGGAGCACCCCCCUCCGCUUCCUUCGCCCUCCGCCAUGAGCGUGGCCCUCCGAGGGAUUUCCUGCUACCUGAGAGAGUGGGAGAAUGAGCAGCAGAGGAGCCUGGAGGAGCGCGGCCGCAUUCUACUCUCCCUCCAGUUUGUGUCCCCAUCCAAUGAAGGGGAGCGGGACGGGCAGCCCAAGGAGAAGGUCCGCAGCGGACUGUGUGUCGGGGUGCGGCGUUGCGCUCACUUGGCUGCGAUGGAUGUCAAUGGCUUUUCCGACCCUUACGUCAAGACGUACCUAAAGCCAGACCUCCACAAGAAAUCCAAACACAAAACCGCUGUCAUGAAGAAGACUUUGAAUCCCGAAUUUAACGAGGAGUUCUUCUACGAGAUCUCUUUCUCUGAGCUCUCCACUAAGACACUAGAAGUCACCGUCUGGGACUACGAUCUUGGAAAGUCCAAUGACUUUAUUGGGGGCGUGUCCCUCGGCUGUCACUCACAGGGAGACGCGCUCCGGCACUGGGUGGACUGUCUGAAGAAUAAAGGCAAGAAAAUAGAGCGCUGGCACACUUUAACGAAUGACCUGCCAGGAUCCACAUACCACGACUGAAGCGUCAUCCUCCGGAGCGUUACCGGCAGCUGCUGUACACUCCAGAAUGCAAAGUACAGUAAAAACGCACUUGUUCGGGUUGUUUUACAGCUAUAUAAUUUACUCACAAUUCCUGUAUAGGCAACGAGUUUAUUGCUCUUCUUCAUUUCAUCCCGACUUUUUUCUUACCAAUUUCCAUCAUAUUAUUCAUUCAUUUACGUUACGCCUCUCGUUUGAUUUUUAUUCAAAACCUUCCCAGUUUCUUCAGGUCCCUCAUGGUUCUCUUGCAAUAACGUCAACUGAGCAAUGCUUCCGCUUACAAUUCUAAGUGGUCUUAAAAAUAUUAUUAAUAAAGGCAUUUACCAUGGCUGCCAGAACUGGUAAUGUUCUUAUUAAUAAUGGUUCUGGCAUCUGGAUCUUCCACAUGGACAGUUUUUUUUUUUUUUUGUGUGUGUGUGUGUGUGUAUAUAAUGUCGAAUCUCGAAAGAACUUUGCAUAUUUAAAGGACCUGCUGCUCUGCCCCCCCGCCCCCCAUCCCGUGUCGUUGCUGGCGGAACGCACUUCCUGUAUGCCUUGUGUCUCUUAUCACGGUAGCAGUCCCCUGCCAAUAUGGAUGGCUGCUGAACCGUCGAGGAGAAGUUCCGUUUCUCAAGAUCGAGACAAAAAGUGUACAAAAUAAAGGCAAGAGGAGAAUAAGACAAGAAAAAAUCGUUGCCACCGUUGGAAACCACUUAAAUGAGAAAUGCCGGAAUUAACAUGAAGAAUAAUAUAGUGUGCACAAGCUAUCGGGCUCAUCCCUUACCAUCAUCAUCAUCAGCAUCAUCAUCAUCAGCAUCAUCACUCACCCUUCACUCUGUGCUAACUGCUCGCACUACCGUUUAAAGGAUUCAUGUAAAUACUUAUUGAGCCAACUAAUUUUAAGAGAUCAAUCAGUGUUCCGAUGACAGGUUUCAGUUUAUUUACUGCUUUUGAUGUACAUACUGCAUAUCGAAGUGAAUACAGCAGAAAUGACAUGACGGCUAUUAUAUUUCCGUAACCGAAUUUAUCAUGAUGAGAAUGAUUAAUAAUAACGGCAGUUUUAUCUCACUCAAGCCUAAGUUCUCCCACUGUGCCUGCUUGGAGUGAGGGAGCACUCCUGUGUCGAUAGGGCAUGCUGGUCUACAGUGAUGGUGUUUUAUAUGUGUGUGUGUGUGUGUGUGUGUGUGUGUGUGUGAGUGCGUGUGAGAGUGUGUGAGUGCGUGCUGUGUUUUCUCCCUUCUUGGCCCUGUGUCAUUAUGCCAAUUUCGAUGCAUGCCUGCCUGUAUGAAUGUGAAUUUAUAAUAUUUUCUAACUGUUCCUUUUGCUGUGGAUUUGUUCUCUUAUUGGCAGGGGGGUGGUGGGGGGGUGUUUAUAUUUAUACGAGGUGUUUAUGAACAAAUAAAUACACUGGGAAUGCGGUGAAUGAUACUUGUUA